AUGGAGAUCUUAAGCAACCUGACAUCUAAAUUUCCAAACUUCUUGCUGACUGGCAUUCCUCUCCUAGAGUCUGUCCAUGUGUGGAUCUCUAUCCCUUUUUGUUAUCUCUAUGCCAUUGCCCUCUCUGGGAACAGCAUGAUCCUAUUUGUCAUCAUUACCCAGCAGAGUCUCCAUGAGCCCAUGUACUAUUUCCUCUCCAUGCUUUCAACUGCUGACUUGGGCUUGACUGUUUCUACAAUGUCAACAACAUUAGGUAUCCUCUGGUUUGAUGCAGUUGAAAUCAAUCUAAAUACCUGCAUUAUCCAGAUGUUUUUUCUACACGGAUUUACCUUCAUAGAAUCUGGGGUGCUGGUGGCUAUGGCCUUUGACCGCUAUGUGGCCAUCUGUGAUCCUCUGAGGUACGCUACCAUUCUCACUAAUUCUAGAAUCAUUCAGAUGGCUGUAGUAUUAAUAGUACCACUACUCUUGCUCCUUAAGCCCCUCAAUUUCUGUAAAGCUAAUAUCCUUUCCCACUCCUACUGCUACCACCCAGAUGUGAUUAAAUUAGCAUGUUCAGAUACUCGGGCCAACAGCAUCUGUGGAUUAAUUGAUCUCAUCCUGACUACAGGAGUAGAUACACCAUGCAUUGUCCUGUCUUAUAUCUUGAUCAUUUACUCUGUUCUCAGUAGUGCCUCCCCUAAAGAACGACAUAAGGUUUUUAGCACCUGUGUCUCCCACAUUGGAGCAGUGGCUGUUUUCUAUAUCCCCAUGAUGAGCUUGUCCUUGGUGCAUCGCUAUGGUCCAUCAGCCCCCAAAGUUGUCCAUUCGAUGAUGGCAAAUAUCUAUCUUCUUUUGCCUCCAGUGCUCAACCCGAUCAUCUAUAGUGUAAAAACAAGACAGAUUCGCAAGGCUAUACACGCAGUCUUCUCCUUACAAAAUAAACAGAGAUAA